ACAGGCAUGGUGCCCACGCCCCAGGUGUGCGUAUCAACCCUGGUCACGGUGAGCACGAUGGCGGUGGUCGACCUCUACCUAUUGGAGCAGAGCAUGCUGGGCACUCACGGCCUUCCAGGACCAAGUGUCUGGCAGUGUGCGGUGGUGUUGCUAGGAGAUGCGGGCUUCCUGCUGGCGCUGCGCUUCGUGUCAGCCGGCGUGGUGUCGGAGGUGCGGUCGCCACGGCGGGGUUUCGCCAACGCCCUAUGGUUCCUCUUCCUGUCCCUGCUCCAGCUCAAGCUCUUCUUCGUCUGCCAUAACUACAGACAGGAACGUCGGCCGCCCGACCCGCUGGCCAGGAAGACCCUAACACUGCUGCUGUCCAUCUGCCUGCCCUCCUUGUUCCUAAUCCUGACUGGAGCUGACCACAUGACCCCUCAGCGCAGGAAGCAGGAGGUGCGGAGUCGGCUGUUGUGGGUGAUCGUGGACCUGCUGGACAUACUGGACCUGCAGGCAGGGCUGUGGGAAGUCCAAGGAGGGGUCUCAGUGGGGACUGGAGGGAUUGUUGAACAGCAGCUGCCAAUCUGGGCCGAGGGUCUGGUCUUCUUUUACUGCUACGCCCUCCUCCUGCUGCUGCCGUGCGUGGCCCUCACAGAGCUUGGGGCCACCGGUCUGCCAGGACAGAGGGGGCCCCGCAAGGAGGCUUUGUACCCUUGGCUCAGCUUGGUUACCAUCAAUAUCUUCACCCUGGCUCUGAGGGGCACAGGCAUGCUGUGGUACCGGGACCCCCGUGUGUCCACUGUGUUCCUGGGGAAGAACCUGCUUGCUUUGGCUGUGAAGCUGAGCUCAGCCUGGGAGAGACACAAGCAGGAGCGAGCUGCUGCGGGAGCUGGGACUGUGGCUGGAGCGGAACCAGGAGAGUCAACCCUGCCAAGCCAGAGCUUGGAGCAGGGAGAGGGCGAGGCUCAGGGGAAAGCUCCUCCUUCUCAUUACCACUCACUGUCUCGCUCCCAAAGCCACACACUCUCCCACGUCAGCCUGGAGCCUGCAGAGACGCCCUUAGGACCCUCUUUCAUCUCCCACGAACUCUAGAGAGUCUCCAGCUCUCUGAACAUGCACGCAUGCAAAAACGCAUGUACGCACACCCUCACUCAACACUCAGACCAGCCAGUAUCACGUCCAAACAGAUAACUUGUAUUGAAUUUCAGUACAACCGUGAUGGGUUUAAUGCCGAGCUGUGGAAAUGCAUUUGGCAAGCUCAGCUUUCUGCACAUUUUGUUGUGCUAAGAAAAACUCAAAAUGCAUUGCUGUGAUUUGUGGGUGUGUAUUUUUAAAUUGAACACUGUGAACACAUCUAUGCGAGUUUAAAGAAUAUUCCAGAAACGUAAACUGGAGUCUGGCAGUGUUUAUUCUUGUUUAUUCUGGGCACAGCUGCCUCAACUCAACUGCCACCAUUUUUAUGAACUGUCCUUCACACACACCAACUUGAAGUUAAAGUUGGACUUGUUUUGUGUUGCGCAUGUAUAUAUACACAAGUUAAAUUUCUUGCAAAGAAAUCUGAUACCACUGUAAAUUCCGACUGUGUAGGGGUGCGGAACACUCCGCGAUGGUUCACUCAUUAGUUUCUGUUAAUGUGGUCUGAGGGAAAAAUUAGAUCAGCACUUCUGCCAUAAGAAGCCAAAAAAACGCCUGUGACCUUUUAGUGUACAUUUUCUUUGACACUUUACAAGGAACUUUAACAGGAGACGAAAAAAGAAUACGGAGGAGGGAUGAUUUUUUUCUUCCUUCAGGACCACAGAGUCAUGAUUUAAAAGCCAUCCAAGCAGUAAAAGUCGCUCUUCACGGUGAUCCAAUAUUUCAACGCAACUCAAUGGUUUCAAACCUCUUUGGUGACCCUUUAAAUCAAAGUCUUUGUGAGCCUCAUCGAUGUUCAUUCUUAUAUUUAGUUCUUAAUUUGAAUACAUUUUAGGGAAGGACGAUGUUAAAUUCUAUACUUUUUCCACAGCAUUAAAAUGCAAAGGAGAAUCAGGGGACAGACGAGAAACAUACAGAUGUUUUUUUUUCAUACUCUCACGACCUCCAUGAUUUAUCUUGCAACACCUUUAAGGGCCCCUGCUUGAAGGUUGAGCACUGCAUCUGCAGUAGUGUCCGAUUUUCUUUCCAACCCAAGGUAACACGCUGAUUUCACUGUUAGUUCAUCCUGUCUGACUGUGAAUGUUAAUCAGAGGAAUCAGUCACCGUGGUGUUUGGUUGGAGUGAAAACCUGCAGACUCAUGAGCCUCAUGUUCGACCGUCCCUGCUGAACUAUGUUUCUGGUCUCCUGGCAUUAUUUUCAGUUGAUUUAAAUGCAGAGUUUGAAUAUCAGUUAAUUGGCUAAAUUAUUUUAGAUUUCAGAUGCGUUCGCCGUCCUCGCAUACAUUUCCGAGCUGUUAAAACCAUCUGACAUUUUAACACAACUUAAUGUGCAUAAGUCAAGAUUACACAAUAAAGGACACUGUUUUCAUGAAAGAAAAUAUGUUACUGGUAGGGCUGGAGGACUUGCAAUAAGCAUUUUUGCAUCAUAUGAAACAAACUCCAGGUCUAUUUUACUGCAUUGUUUGUAAAAACAGAACACCAGUGCAAGUAAUCCCUUUACAGUUUGACAACACAUUCUGAAUUCAUGUUUUGCCGUCUUUUGUCGUCCGCACCUUUCAGAGACAUCUCUUUUGGAAAGCGGCCUGUCCUUACAUCAACUCUGUUUUUCACUUUAGAUGAAAUAAUUAACUUUUAAUCCCGCAUGAAGAACGGACGGAGCCUUUCAUUCACAAAUGUGUUAUUCUGGUGUGGAAGUAUUUGGCCGUUGUGGGAUUAUGGGUCAGAGCAGCAGGUGUAGUGGAUGUUCAGUCAAGUGCCUUGUUUCCUCAUGGAGCUACGAGCCUCCAGGUUGUCAAAGAGGCGCACGUAUUACGUGUACCAUGCGGAACUUGGACAUAUGCCAUGUGUAUACUGUGAAGUUAUUCCACAGCUGUUGUCAGCUACACCUCCAGGACAGAGUGCAAACUAAUAAAGUGUUUCAUUCUC